AUGGUAAUUAAUGAAGGUCAAUUUCUGCAACAAGUUGCAUCUCAAAAACCAGCAAUUGCAGCAAUACAAAUCCAAAUGUCUGAAUACCAAGGAGAGUUUCAACUGUCAACAACAUUCAUGUCAACUCUAAAAGUCAAUCCAAAUUGCAAAGAAGUUUUGAAACUUCAAAAGUGGAUUACUACAAAGAAAAGUGAAAAUAUUGAAGCCGCAACCUUGAAGAACAAGAUGGACUUGGCCGAGCAUAUUCAACUCAAAAAUAUUAUUCAUCAACAACAUUCAUUGAAAGAGCAUGCUUUCUACACUUCCAACGCAAUUGUUAAUAAUAUAGAGAACAAAGUCGAACUAUACUAUAAUGCUUGUAAAGGAUGUAGCACCAAAAUUAUCAACUUCGAAGAAGAUGCAGAAUGCCCCAAAUGCAAUCAUCCAACAAAAGAUUUUACAUCAAGGUACAAUAUAAGGAUGGAAGUCGUCGAUGGACAAGAUGUAACAACAAUAAUAUUAUUUGAGGACUUGGCAAGUAAUUUUAUUGGAUGCCCAAUACAAGAAUACAUAGAUAGCACUACAUCUUUCAAGGACAAGGAGAAAUCAAAGUUGUAUAAGAAAAUGAUUGCCGCAAAGCAUAAGGAGUUCAAAUUCCUCAUCAAGCUUAAUAAGAUCGGGCACUCCUCUCAUGGACAUCUAUCAAUGGUGGCAAUAGCAUUCGAGCAACUACCAAAUACACCAAACAAGAAAAUGCCACUCCAUCUAUUACAUCUAAACAACAUGCUCGGCAAAGCAUAA